AUGUCCAACUCUGAUUACCUUCCCGACUACCCACUCAACUCAGAUUUAGUGAUGAGAUUAAAGUCUGCCCUGGACGCCAAGGAUGAGGAGAGAGUGAGGGAUUUGAUCUGCACUGAAGUUAAGCCUGUGGACGCCGUGAUAGAACUGGCCAAUGACGACUGGAUGAAAGACCCCUCGGCUCAGCUGCCCCCUGGCGUGCUGCUAGGAGACCUAGAGCAUCUUAAGUCCCUCACGGACCAGUUCUUCCAGGAUGUCAAUGUGGUGUUUGAGAUCAAUAAGGAUGAGAUGGAAUGGCAGGUGAAAUCCCCAGCCACGUUUGGACUGUCAGGCCUCUGGACCCUGGAGUACAAGCGUGAGCUCACCACGCCCCUGUGCAUCGCCGCGGCCCACGGCCACACCGGCUGCGUGCGACACCUGCUGGGCCGCGGCGCCGACCCCGACGAAGCCAACUCGCCCGGCAAACGCCAGCCACGGCGUAGUGGGUCGGGAGUGACAGGGUGCGGGCGUCCCGAGGGGCGCCCGGGUGACCCGCCUUGGCCUCCCCGCAGGUGCGCGCAGGCGCUGCUGGAACACGGGGCCUCGGUGCAGCGCGAGGGCGGCGCAGGCCGGGAGGACAGGCCCGACUCGGCUCAGCAGCCCUGCAGAGUGUACAGCAAACACACCACAACGGGCCACAAAGAUGCUCGGCAGGCGCGACUCGGGCGCCAUGGCGAGGCGAGCACGGAGCCACCAGCAAUGUCACAGAGCACGCCGUCCGUGGGCAGCAGCUGUACUUUAAAUAGAUACAAAGGCACCGUCCCCACGGCAGGCGGACACGAAGCAGCCAUCCGAGCCGUGCGCAGUGCUCUGCCGCGAAAAUCAAAGCGGUGUCACAACUUCCGAAGCCAGCAUGUUGACAACGCCAGAAGAGGGGUGAUUGGAAUCAGCGACCAUUGUGCACGAAGAAAUGGCAAGUUCAUGGGGCUUGUGAAAGCCAGAAACAUCAACACAUCAAAAGCACAUUGUGAGGUGCUGAAGACCUGUGCAUCAACCCCUGCAGUCAUUGAAGUGCUUUUCAACUCCUAUUCUCAGCUCUGCGUGUCAGAGUCCUGGAAGGAGGUAAUUCCUGAAGAAUUAUUUCAGAUGCACAAGCCUUUCUACCAGUCUCUCUUUGCCUUGGCCCAUGCCCCACGCUGCUUACAGCAACUCUGCCGCUGUGCCCUUCGCAAACUGUUUGGCAAAAAGUGCUUUUGCCUGAUACCCCUGUUACCCCUGCCAACGUCACUGCAAAAUUAUCUACUUUUGGAACCAGAGGGUGUUUUGCACUGA